UUUCAGCCGCUCAGCUCAGAUGCUGAGUGUGCAAGGCUGCUGGGCAAAUGGAGCGAUGCUCGGCCGGGGGGGCCCGGCCCUAUAAAACCACAGGCGAGGGUCUGGUCCCCGACAUUGAUUAUACUGGAUCUGUCCCACCUCAAGAGUAACCCCCAUAGGGAGAGACAGCAGCCAUGAACACUCAGCAGAUGGAGCAGAUGGGCCAGUUCAAGAUCACAGUGUGGGAGGAGGAGAACUUCCAGGGAAAGCGCUGCGAAUUCAUGCUUGAGUGUCAGAACAUCAUGGACAGGGGCUUCAACAAGAUCCGCUCCAUCAAAGUGGAGAACGGGCCCUGGGUGGGUUAUGAGUACCCAGAGUUUCAGGGACAGCAGUUCAUCCUGGAGAAGGGCGACUAUCCUCGCUACGAGGCCUGGAGUGGAAACAGCAGCUACAGAACCGAACACUUGCUUUCCUUCAGACCUAUCAAGUGUGCUAACCACAGUGACAGUAAGGUGACCCUGUACGAGUGUGAAGACUUCCAGGGCCGUAAGUUUGAGAUAUGCGAUGACUACCCAUCUCUCCAGGCCAUGGGCUGGUGCAGCAAGGAGGUGCCAUCCAUCAAAAUUAACUCCGGCGCCUGGGUGGCCUAUCAGUUCCCUGGUUACCGUGGCUACCAGUACAUCUUGGAGAGAGACAGACACCAAGGCGAGUACAGACACUACAAUGAAUACAGCACCCAGGCUCACACCAACCAGGUGCAGUCCAUUCGUAGAAUCCAGCACUAAGUUUGUACUCAACCUGCUCGACCCCACGUUGAACUCCGGAACCUCUUCCUCACUGAGUCCAUGGACAGACCACAAUCACAGAACAGUAGACGGGCAAACUCUUUCUAUCAUUCUGUGGCUCUGCAUGUAUGGAUCUCUGAAUAUCUACUGCUACCACCAUGCUAUGACAUGUUCUUGAAAUAGGAAAUAAAGGCUUUUCUUCAAAAAACAAAA